AUGUCCUAUACUCCAGACAGAGAUCUGCCGACCCCAGAGAGAAGACUAUCGACAGGCGGCCUCUCGCCAGUCCGCGUUACUGAGAAAUGUGUCGUUGAAAGAGCCCCAAGCCACCACGACCCCAGCGUAGCCUGCUAUACCGCCUGGAUGCGCCAGGAGAUCUUGAAAGUCCCAGCGGGGUGGUCAGCUUCCAAUUUCCCUAUCGCAGAUACACCCUCUGAGCGCUCUUUCCAAAUCUACGUUACAACGGCCCAGGCUGCCAACCUAGACUACGUCCAGGCUCCAGCUAGGGAGUUUCAGCAAGAGUUGUGCAAAGACCAUGGAGUAGGUGGCCGUGAUACAACUGCUCGCAUAGAUGUCUGGGCUAAGUUGUUCGCUGCCAACACGUCUGAGCAGGCAAGAAUUGACUCAUGCAAGGCGCACAUCUUAGCUGAGAUUGCCGCGCGAGAGACUUUAGGGGUUAACGACUUUCAUGUCUCAGCAUUUCGUAGAUACAAUCAAUUGGAAAGGGUCCUUCUUAUUAUGGAUUCGCCGGAAGAACCUUGGAAUCAAGGCGAAGGAGGCUUCCUCGCUGUGUAUUGGGAUCGUCCCUCAAUACAUCAGGAGAUGCCGGGCGAAACUUGGAUUGAAGAUGAAGGGGGCUUACUUAGUAUGUUUAUGAAUCGCGAUUCGAGUUCUCGGCAAAUGCCCGAGAGGUCAGGAACACGCACGGAGCGCUAUACCCGUGCUGAGCUGGGUACGCUGUUGGAGGACUUGACCAAUUUCUUCUAGCUGUUUUACAUUUGCCGUUACCUAAUGCUUCAAAACCGUCUGUCAGUUCUGGGAUAACAUGCGAGGUGCCAAGAACAAACGCGAUAUACGUUCUGUACCUAUAUACAGCUAAG